GGAGGAUGUGAAAUUUCUACAUUUUCAAGUUUGACACUGAAGGAAAGCAGCAGCAGCAGCAGCAGCAGCAGGCGGCCGGACGGACUCAGCAGCGGCUUCACUCACAGGUGCUGCAGCCGUGUGACAACAAAACUGCCUCAUUUUAAUGAGUUGGUUUUAAGAGCUGCUGUCCAUCCGUCCAGCCAGCUGUAGACAGACACCCACAGUCAUGAUGGAGUCUAUCUUAGACAGUUUAACAGCAGAGAAACUCUAUCCGUCCGGAGGAUCCAACCUGUUGGACCUGGAGGAACUCAGCGACGGAGAUUUCCUCACUAACGUGCCUUUCUCAGGUGACCAGAUGGACGACUUCAGCAGCGAAUUGUUCAACAGUUUCUUCGACGACCACGUAUUAGAAAGACCCCUGUUGGCAGACAGACCUUCACUUUUACACAUCGACAUGGACAGCAGCCCAGAUAUCCAAGCGGAGCACAGCUACUCUCUGAGCGAAGACUCCGCCCCCCAGAGCCCUGCCCUGUCAAUCAAAAUGGACCAAGAGUCUGAGUUCGAAUGGAGCUUCAGUCAGGACCUGUCCGCCAUCCUGGUGAAGCAGGAGGAGCCUGACGUGGGUCAGAGGUUAGAUCCUCAGCCUCUGGAAGGCCCGCCUCUCAUAUUAAGCCCCGCCCCUCCGCACAGAGGAUCGCCAUGGAGACACACGGAGCGCUGUCAAGAUGAUGUGAAGCCAGUCGCUGUAAAAGAUGAACCCAGAGAGAUUGGACAGUACCUCAGCCUGCCCAGCGACGAUGCUCUCCAGCUCCCGCCCACCCCUCCCAGCAGUAACCACGGCGACAGCGACGGCUCCCUCCCGCCCUCCUCCCCCCACCUCCCCCUGCCGCCGUCGUCCCCGCAGCCACAACAGAGGCCAGGAGGUCGAGCCUCUUCCUCCUCCUCCUCCUCCUCUUCAGCCAUCUCCUCCUCACCUCUCCUCACUGCACCACAUAAACUGCAGGGUUCAGGACCCCUCAUGCUGACAGAAGAAGAGAAGAGGACCCUGGUUGCAGAGGGAUACCCAGUACCGAACAAACUUCCCCUCACUAAAAGCGAAGAGAAGGCACUGAAGAGAGUCCGGCGGAAGAUUAAAAACAAGAUCUCAGCUCAGGAGAGUCGGAGAAAGAAAAAAGAAUAUGUGGAAUGUCUGGAGAAGAAGGUGGAGAGCUACACGUCAGAAAACAGCGACCUGUGGAGGAAAGUAGAAAACCUGGAGACCGCCAACAGGUCCCUCCUACAGCAGCUCCAGAAGCUUCAGUCGCUGAUUUCAGGGAAAGUCGUCCCUCGAUCUUGUAAAAUGGCCUCAACUCAAACAGGAACAUGCCUCAUGAUGGUGGCCCUGUGUUUUGUCCUGGUGUUGGGCUCCUUCUCCCCCUGCUUCUCUCCCCUCUCCUUGCUCUCUCACACCUCCGCCUCCUCCUCUCACGCCUCCCCAUCCUCUCAUCCGUCUCCGUCAGCGGACCUCUACGCCACCACACAGGUCCGCUCCCGCAGCCUGCUCUUCUACAGUGAAGGCUCUCCACUGGAGGAGAGUGUAGUGCCAUCAGACGGGGAGAGGCUACAGUCAGAAGGACACUCCCACAUCCAGACGAGCCGGUACACAGCAGACGCCCACAGCAACCAGACAAGUGGGUCCAAGUUAGACCGGAGAGAAACAAAACCAGACGGAGUCUCGGAGGUUUUCUGACACAGCCUGACCCCCUCCUCACAUGACUUCUCACCUCUGACCCCUAAAAAGCCCCCAAACGCUCCAGAUUGGCUUCAUAUCACAGCAAACCUGCAUCUACGUUACUCUUCCAUCGUCAUCCCCCUUUAAUGAGACUCUGCAGUCGUCCCAACCUCCUCGCCUGGUGUCCUGCCUGUAUGUAGUGCUUCUUCACUUCGCUCUUAUACUUGAAUAUUGGUUUUAAAUGGACCUUCUUGUUGGAAUUUAAAUCUUUCUGCACUAAACAGCUGGUAUCAUUUAAACCAUCCAACUUAUCUGUUUAGUUUAAAACAAACUUGUUGAAUCUUUAGUUUGUAAUUCAUGAGACACUAUUUGUCGCAAUCAUCGCCGCCUUAAUUAAACCCUAAUCCAAGAACCUCUAAACAAUAUUUACAGAUCUGAUGUAUUUUAUUAAAAUAAUUCCUCUGAUCAAAACUCAGUCAGGCCAUUUCUGGGCAGAUAAGAGCUUCUUCAGCUGUGUUCCUGUGUACAAAAUAGUCGUAUCGUGUUGGGACAGGCGGAAAACAUGAUGAGCAGAUGCUUUCUGCUUCCACAGGUGUCUUCACUUUCUCUCCACAGCGACUUGUUGAGAGAAAAUAAGACUCAUACAUGUAUAUGGAAACUUGACAGACCUCCACUGUGGGAUUCUAGUUGUACCAUGUGGUGCUUGUAUUUCACUUCCAGUGCACUUUGGAUUCACUGCGUUGGAUCAGUGCUUUAAUUUUUAACCCAUCACAUACAUUAUAUUAACAAAGGGCUGCAACUAACUCAUCUUGGUCAUCGAAAUUGUUCCAGAAAAAACACCGCAAACAGCUUGUCCCAACAAUUACUCAAAAUCAAAAGAUCUUAAAUUAUCAAAGAUGAUGAAGAGAAGUAGCAAAUCCCUACAUUUAAAGAGCUGGACCCAGAAAAUAUUUGGCAUUUUUGCUUGAUAAUUGAGCAACUAGACAUACUGGUGUGUUGAAAAUGAACACGUGCCAUUUUUAAAAGUGCCUUCAAGUUGCUUCACAUGCCCACAUAUGGAACCACAGAGCUGGAAAUGUCACUCUGUCUGUUUAAAUCAGGGCUGGCCUCAGUCUUUUAAGACCUCCUGAGUGACAUUUUGCUCAUUUGUCAUCAGAAAUUGGGUGAAUGUUCAGGAUUUAUCAGGGCGAGACCUUUUAUUUCACAUGCCUAUUUAUGUGUUCGGAGGAGCCAGCGAUGCCUGACGAAGGUCUCUAUUCAGGAUCAAAGUGUUGCUCGGUUAAAUUAAAUUAGCUUUUUUUUUUUUUACAACAAGACAUGUUAUUUUUCAACUUUUUAAAUCUGUCUCUGAAGUUAAAACUAGUUUUUCACUUACACUUCUGACCAAGAUUCUGCUUUGUUUUUGUGGGGUGGAUCAUAUUUUCAUACCAAGGGCAAAAAAGGAGGUUGGGAAACAUGACAUAAAAGUAUUUUUAUGGAAAUAUAUUGUAUAUGUAAUAUAUUUGCAGCAUCCAAAAAAAGAGCAUAUUUAAUUUAUGCAACAAAAAAAAUUAAUUCUGAACUUUUUUUUUAAAGUUAGUUUAUCUUAUUGUCUUUUUUUUUUUUUUUUUAAAUAAUGUUUCAAAAAACAAAAAUACACCUUAUAAUAUAUUCUGAGCAUCAAAAAAAGAGCAUAUUUAUUUUAUGCAAAAAAAAAAAAAGGAUUUGUAUGUUGUGUAUCGGCAUUUAGGAUGAUGUGCGGUUUUACGUGACGGUGUGUCGUUCACAUGCUCAUGUGUAAAGCUUUGACAUGAUCUGUUUGUGUCUUUUAACUGUAAUACAGUGUUUAUGUUUCACUGCUGUCGCAUGAAAAUCCUUGAGGGUCUUUAUUUUGUCCUUCGGGAUUUAAAAAUGUCUUCACUUUGUGCAAUUGAACCAUAAAAAAAAACACAUUUUUACCCUCAAGUUUACGUUUCUUGGCUCAAAAAACUAAAUAAAUGUACCAUAAAUAAAAAAUGAAGUAAAUGAACAGUGAUACUAAAUGUCCUCAUGCGACAGCAGUGUGUGUUGUAUUUAUUCCUGUUUGUAGAAAGUGUGUAUAUAUUGAUGAAGCCAAUCAGGGGACUAAUACAUUCCAGGAAGUAAAAUACCACUAGUUCCACAAUUUGAUUGAACAAAAAUCACAUUUUUAAAAUCUUUAUUUCUUUACCACUAUUCUGACAACGUAAUAGAAACAGCAACGCUCCCAAAAUAACUUCUUUACACUUCAUGGUAUUCGUUCAAGCUAUAAAAACCGACAUUUCACCGUCCUCAGUCCAACUUCUGGCUUAUAAAAGACGCCAAAAUCUUAUGAUCUCCAAAACUUUACAGUUGUCACAGGUCGUCUGCUUUUCUUACUUGUGUUUUUGUUUAAUGUUUCAUUUUUUUUUUCAUUUUACACAAAAAAAAAUCAUGUGACUGCAGCCCGUUGCACAAACAUCCUGUCAUUCUCUUCACCCAUAACAGUCUUAACGCACCAAUGUACAUAAAUAAUGACAACUUAAUGUGCAGUUGUUGUAAAUAAGGGCCUUGUUUUUGUAUUGUGACAUAGUCCAAGAUUUUAACCUGUGGAAUCUCAUGGAAAAGGCACGGGGGAAGCAGUGGGGGGAGGAAAGUGGGGUGGGAUUAAAAAAAAUUAAAAUUAAAAAAAAAAAGAUGGGGAGGGUGACUUUUUCCACUUGUAAAGAAACCUGGAUGACAGCAGCUGCACGCAGUUUAAAUACAACACCAGGAAGGUGCUUGUUUAUUCCAACCUCUCCAUGAAUAUUUGGAAAAAUUGAAUGUCCUGAGAGAAUAAUCAAGCACUUUCCAGGGAGUUUGGUUAUUUGAAAUGGGUCUGGACAUGUCGUUGUCUUGGUUUGUUGUAUAGCGUCCUGCAUGUUCCUCCAUAUACAACUAUGUUAUCUUAGUAUAGUCAGUAGAGUAGAAACCAGCAAAAUAUUAAAAAACUGCAUCAGCAA